AUGUCCAACCCCCUAAAGGCUGCGGCGCCGCAACUUCCCGAGGUCGAGAACACCGAGUCGAACGCCUCUACCACGUCAUUCCCCGAUGUCGACACCCCGGAUCUGCAGACCGUGUCUUCUGAGGCACAGGACGUGGCCGAUUCGGUGAAGAAGGACGCCAAGGGUCUUUCCCGUGACUUUGAGGCGCAAAAGGCCAAAGUCUCGAGCGCUGCCAAGAACGCAAAGGAGAAGGCGAAAAAGGCCGCCGGCAAGGCCCAGAAGCAGGCCAGCGACACGGCCCACGAGGCCGAGGUGCAGGCCAAGCGCGCCGACAACUGGCUGACGAAGCAGUUCUCCAUCCUGGAGUCGGACCAUCCCGCCGCGACAAAGGUGGCUGUGGCUGGCAACCUCGUAGCCGUUGUUGGCCUGGGCGCAUUCCUGGGUUUCCGCGCCUGGGGCCUGCAUGAGCAGGGCCGCCUGGACUGGAAGAGCACAGCAACGGGUCUGGCCGUGGUGGGCGCCGUUGGCAUCGUGGAGAGCACGCUCGCAAACUAUUUCUACAAGGGACAGAGCAAGAAGCAGUAG